UACACUACAUAGAUCUGAUUUUAAUUCCAUAUAAGCAUGUUUCACAAAGAUUCGUGUUUUAAAGACGGGACUUAUACUUUGACAACGUGACCUGAAUGCGAUGUGUCAGAAUUAAGUUGUUAGCUGUCGCCUCUUACUAACUUUAAGCGAAACUUGUAACUUCGCUAUCAAUGUAAAUCCGCUGCUUUUCACGGAAAUGCAUGAAGCGUAUGAAACAGCACGCUAAUACCCACGUGCACUAUUAUGGUAACUUCUCUAAACGUCAAGAAAUGACGUAACGUCCGGUUACUUGAUGGUGGUGUCCAGGGCUGCGAAAGCUACGAAGGUUGUUCUGUGGCAGUCUGUCUGUCACCUGUCAAAUGUUCACGCAUGUUGCAUGCCCUGUGUAGUGAAGCCUCGGUUUGUGGUGCUGUAUGGGUCUCAGAAGGGCCAAGCCCAGUCCAUAGCAGAAGGGAUCGCCGAGGAGGCGGAGGAGCACGGGCUGGUUGCCGAUCUCAGUUGCUUGAAUGAGAACGAGAAGUACAAUUUGGAGAAGGAGCGUGCCCCAGUGGUCUUUGUUGUUUCUACUACUGGAGAUGGGGAACCGCCGGAUAAUGCCUUAAAAUUUGUAAAGCGCAUCAAGAGGAAGACCCUCUCCACUGACCACUAUAAGCACCUUUCUUAUGCACUUUUAGCUUUAGGAGACACAAAUUAUGCAAAUUUCUGCAACUGUGGCAAGACCAUUGAGCGCCGUCUACAAGAACUCGGAGCCAAGCAAUUCUAUGCUACGGGUUAUGCAGAUGAUGGUGUAGGGCUGGAGUUGGUUGUGGAUCCCUGGCUUGGGGGACUGUGGAAAGCCAUCAAAGAAUCCUUAUCAAAAAUGGCUUCUGUUGGGACAGCUCACUUGAAAGAGAGCCCAGAGGAUUCAACCAAAGAAACUCCAGAUUCAUCAGUUCCAGAUGUCCAACUGAACCUCUUAAGCAUCACUGACCAGCAGAACUGCGAGUCAGUCAGAGCAUCUGUACCCGCGGACUCCAAAUUUGCAUCUGUUGCUUCAUCUUCAGUUUCUGCCGCUUCUGAUCUCAAGCCAGCUUCUCCUGCGGGGAGCCCUGGGUUGGCAUCCCAGUCUGGUGGCGCUGCCAGUGUUUCCACAUCAGCAUCAAAAACACACACAGAGGAAACUGGAGUUCCCCAGGUUGCACUGGCACACUCACUGACAUGCUCUGUGGCACCGCUAUCUGAGUCCUCGCUCAAUGUUCCUGCUCUGCCUCCUACCUAUCUAGAUGUUUCUCUUCAGGAGGUGGACACUGUGGAAGAGAUUGUGGGGCCAUUAAACAAAGAGGCUCUUCAUCAUGUGCCUAUAUCCAAGGCAGUUCAACUGACCAGAGGAGAUGCAGUCAAGACAGCACUUCUCCUGGAACUGGAGAUUUCUGCUCACCCAGUGUUGGCUUAUCAGCCAGGGGAUUCCUUUGAUGUGUUCUGCCCAAACAGGGCCGCAGACGUGGACCACAUGCUCCACAGAUUGGGCCUUCACAGCCAAAGGAACCACCAUGUCAAUAUUUCUCUGCAAAAAGACACUAAGAAAAAAGGUGCCCAGGUGCCACCCUACAUCCCACAGAAUGUUUCUCUCCUGUUUUUGCUCACAUGGUGUCUGGAGAUCAGAAGUGUUCCCAAGAAGGCGUUUCUGCGAGCUCUGGUGGAGCAUACAGGGGACAGCGUGCAGAGGAGGAGACUGCAGGAGCUCUGCAGUAAACAAGGUGCUGCAGACUACAACCUGUAUGUGAGAGACCCGAGCCUCAGCGUUUUGGAGCUUCUUACAGCCUUCCCAUCCUGCUCACCUCCUCUCAGCCUCCUCAUAGAGCAUUUGCCAAAACUGCAACCCCGGCCUUAUUCAGCGGCAAGCUCUCGUCUUAGACACCCAGGAAAGCUUCAUUUUGUCUUCAACGUGGUAGAGAUCCCAGCAUGCUCCGGCCGGCCUGCGGGGAGGCGAGGCUUGUGUACUGGCUGGCUGUUUGACCUCAUCAAUCCUGGCCUGGUUUUCCCUGGGAAGGCUGAAUCGUCCAGCAGCCCAGCGCUGCCAAAGAUCCAUGUGAGUUUGAGACCCAACGCGUCUUUUCGGCUUCCCCCUGAUCCAUCAGUGCCCUUCAUCAUGGUUGGCCCAGGCACCGGAGUCGCUCCAUUCAUCGGCUUCCUCCAGCAAAGCUCUUGACUGUUACAGCAUAAGCCCAUGUGAAUCAAUUCAUCCCAGCUGUCUCGACAGUCCCUUCUCCUCGUCUGCGUCUCUCAUCUUCUCCCCUGCCAGCUGCGUAUUCUGCUCGAGGAUUGUAAAAACCUGUCGCGGCACGCGGCAUUGUGCACAAUCUAACUUGAGAUUCCAAACAAAGCCUCGGCGGCUGACGCUGCACUCUGAUAGGAGAUAACAAUCACCAGUUUGUCAACGGGACGCCGUAUCUGCCUCGAGGCCUGAGAAGGGCCCUGUUAGCAACAAAACAACAUGGGGACACUUCGAUCUUCCUACCUCUCCCCUCAUCCGCCCCCACUGUUAAUCGAUGGCUGUUUUCAAAAGUACUUUGUACGAGUUUGUAGCACUGGUAACAAGUAGAAGAAGAGUGUCUAAAGGUCAGAGGCUCACUUGGUGGUACCAGGAGAUUUUAAUAAGGGCCUCCAGUAGUCUGGUAUUGAUUGCUGUGGUGUUCGUGGAAGGAUUUUAUGGAGAAUGUGAUUUUCAGUGUCUUUCAGUUUAGCUGGGAGCAGUGACAGUUAAACAAAUAUUGUAUUUUAAGUGAGUGGUUUGCCUUAAUCCUCUUAGAAGCCAUAACAUAACAAGUUUUUCUUUUGGAGUGGAAAAAAAGGAAUCUUUUUUUCUCAGUUUUAGGUGCACCAGUAGGCAUACUUGGUACAUUCAAUAUGACAAUUUGUAUUAAAGUUUGUGUUUUUGUGUGAACAAAUAUUUAGCUUCCAUUUAUCAGUUUAAACAGAAAGCUGACUACAAUUAGGCAGCUUAAGCAUCUUGCUUCCAUAUUAUGAAAACAUUUUGAAUUCAUCACUUUGGAUGUAUAUUGUAAUUCUACAAUGCAAUUUCAGUGAUUAAGUCUCAAGCUGUUGUUGUUUUUGGCUCUUUGUAUUUUUAGAAUGUAAAAAAGGCACUCAGCACCACUCGCAUUGAGCUGCAAAGAUGAAAAUGAAAGAUAUGAGAUAAUUGUGAUGUUUACCAGGCCUUAACCUCAGCUUCCCUUGCCGUUUCCCCCUCCUGCUGAUCAUCUGAAUGGCGCUGAAAGGCAACCGCCUCUGAUUUCGACCCCAAAUGGAGUGCUCUGUAGAUGCUGCCUUCCCCUGGGAUUUUAUUGCAGGCUGUUAUAGUGUGGGUAUGUGGUGUGAUGUGAUUUGUAUUCAGGGAAAGGCGCCGGUGUGGUCUACUCAGAAUGGAAUCCAGGUUUUUCAUAUUGGUAUUGAUCCCUUUAGGGCAGGCGGCGAGAGGAGAGACGAGCCCACUAAAAUGAGUUUACUUGAGGCUGUUUGCAGAUCAGAAGAAUCUCGUCCAGGAUGCUAAUGGACGGGAUCUGAGCGUUCAGAUCAAGUCAGCCAGACAGCUCUGUUACCCAGUCUCAGUCGCAGGCACAAAGUUCAAACAAAUGUAUUCCCUAAAUCAUUCUUACUUACUGGUCAACUUUACAUUUAAUUAAUGAGUGCUAAGCUUUGUUUUUAGUAUUCGCAGUCACACUUGCGCAUUGAUCUGUUUUUGCCUAUGGCUAAUUAGUGUAGCGCUACAACAAAACAAUUGAUUAAUCUCUUCAUUAUUUUUUUAAAAAAAUGCAAUGAA